ACUUCAAAUUAAUUACACAUUCAGAGAUUAACCCAAAUUUUUUUACAAGAAACCCAGCAUGGCAGUAACCUCUGUUGUUCAAUCAGACCAAAUCAAAGCCAAAGAUGAAUAUCCCAACCUAUCUCUCCGACCAUUACAAGUUUCAGAUGUGGAUGAUUUCAUGGUCUGGGCCAGUGAUGAAAAAGUGACACGUUUCUGUACUUGGGAACCUUAUACCAACAAAGAAGAUGGCUUGAAUUACAUAAAGAACAUUGUUGUGCCUCAUCCUUGGUUAAGAGCAAUAUGUAUUGACGACCGACCGGUUGGUGCUAUUUCGGUAAGUGCAAAUUCAGGCAAUGAUAAAUGCAGGGGUGAACUUGGGUAUGUUUUGGCAUUCAAAUAUUGGGGUAAAGGGAUUGUAACGAGAGCUGUGAAAAUGGUGGUUGAGACCAUAUUUGUUGAAUGGCCACAUUUGGAGAGACUCGAGGCUUUGGUUGAUGUUGAAAAUGUGGGGUCUCAAAGGGUGCUUGAAAAAGCUGGGUUCCAAAGAGAAGGUGUUUUGAGGAAGUAUUUAAUAGUAAAAGGGAGGUCUAGAGACAGGGUUAUGUUUAGUUUUCUUUCUACUGAUUAUCAGAGUUAACAUGUUUAUUCUCAUGUUAACAUGUGUGGAAAUGCAGA